AGAAAGAGAGAGAGAGAGAGAGAGAGAGAGAGAGAGAGAGGAGGGGUCGGAGUCAGGGAGUGAAUGCAGCUUGCGGUGCCUGCUGUGGAAUUACAGCAGAGAACAUUGUAAGGGACCUGAAAGAGAGCACUUUUUUGAAAGGGAACAGAGGUUUGAAUUGGAAGUAUAAAUGCGGACACGCUGAGCUGUGCAUGACUCCUGGAGACUGGUGGAAAAUUAAGCAGCAAAAAGAAUUGGCAAAGAUUCAAGGGGCUCCAUAAUUUUUCACACCGUAGACUUCAGAGCAGACCGGCAAGUGCCACCCUAUUACUGAGAUUGUCGUCUCACAGGUUCUAGGCCUGAAAACCAUCUUUGGAGCAACUGUGUGUGGACCUUCUUCAAAUCUGUGACUCCUAUCAAACAAGAUUUUGGUCUAUCUAAAGGGAUAUUGGCUCAAGUGCUCAUGGAAAUAUGAGUUUAAAGUCACAGUGAGUCAUGGUGAGAGUGAUAUUGUGGAACUGUCGGAAUCUUGGAGGUCAAGGUUCUUGGACAUCCCCACCACAAGAACAGGAGGAGUGAGGAAACAGGCUCUCUGGGAAUUCCUUGGAUUGGGCCUUGCUGGAUACCUGGACCUAUUUGAUGUUAACCACUAAACUGGGAGCUAAAGUUUUCCCCAAAGCUCCACAAAUCCUCCCUCAUCUGUCAACAGCAGAUAGUUUAAGAAAGUGGCAUUGUUUGACAAGUGUGUCGGCCUAGGAGUUCUCUUAAAUUGGCCUAAAAGGGUGUGUGUGUUGCCUUAGUGUAAUGACCUGCAUUUCAAGGUGUGUGUUUGUACAUAUACAGCUAUGGGUAAGGUCUGGAGCAAGAGUCUAACAGAAAGAGGCAGCUAAUCAUUAAUGCAUACUUCUGAGCCAGGUGGUGAGUUAGUGCGUGUUAGAGCCAGGGUGCUGAUGUCACGGAGAGUGUGCCUGAACGUGGGCUUGUGUCGUGAAACGUGCGUUUUAUUGUGUUUAAAGGAGCUCAAAAUUAGAUAUGAUCGCAGGUAGGUUUUUGCGCAGGCAAAGAUAACAUCUGUAGGACAGGGGAAUAAAGUCGGAGACAGAGAGCAAGACAGAUAGAUUUUGUUUCCAAUCUGAUUGUAGCCUCAUUUAUCUGGUCUGAUUCUUGAUCACAGACUAGGCCACAGGUAAAGACUGACUGUAAAAAAAAGAGGAAAAGAAAUUGCCUCUUCUGUGUGCGUUUUUGAUUUUAGUAGCACCAGCCAGGAUUUCACUAAGCUCUGCAGCUUGGAUAAAGACCUCAAUAAAUGACUUCCCCUCCAUAUCAGAUCAUUACAAUUGUAGACUUCUGAGGUUCUGCUUAUCCCCAUUCCUUUAAAAGUCAUCUAUUUGGAAUGGUCCACUUGUAGCAGUAACAAAGGGUUUGGACAAUUGUGAUUUUCCACUCUCUCUCUCUCUCUCUCUUUGAACCAAAACCCAACAUUUCACAAGAGGAGCAAGUUCGCCACCUAACACAGCAAACUCCAUGGCACCUUGUUCCUGACAACGCAUGCUUCACUCUAUCACUCACCAACACAGCUGGGACUGGACUUAAUUGCUGGGGCCAAUUGCUAACAAUCGAUCAAGUCUCCCAUGACUGUGUCAACGAAUGCAUUGAUGAAGAGGGAGAAGUGGCCCAGUUUGAUCAUGACACUCUUAAUGUCCAAGCAAGAUAAGGGGUGCUCUAGGCAGCAGACGGCGUCUCCAUGAGGAGCAGUAGAAGAUGCCGGAACUGCCAGCAGUGCUGCUGUCGAUUCACGUCCACUUCCUGCUAGUUACUGUGCUUAACAUGCCGCCUUGUUCUUUAAGCCAGACCCCUGUCCUGUCAUCUGUGCGAAUGGCGGCAAUUUUGGACGAUCGGUCUGCCUGUGGCCGUGGAGAGCGUCUGGCUUUAGCUUUAGCACGGGAGAACAUUAACAGUGUGCUGGAGGGACCAGCUCGUGCUCGUGUGGAUGUAGAAGUCUUUGAGCUCCAGAAAGACUCUCAAUACGAGACCACCGACACCAUGUGCCAGAUUCUGCCUAAGGGUGUGGUUGCUGUGAUUGGCCCCGCCUCCAGUCCUGCCUCUGGUUCUACUGUCAGUCACAUCUGUGGGGAAAAGGAGAUUCCUCAUGUGAAGAUCGGUCCUGAGGAGACUCCGCGGCUGCCUUACCUGCGUUUCGCGUCCGUCACAUUGUAUCCUAGCAACGAGGAUCUGAGCUUGGCUGUGGGCGCCAUCCUACGCUCUUUCAGCUACCCAUCAGCCAGUCUGGUCUGUGCCAAGGCCGAGUGUCUACUGAGAUUGGAAGAGCUGGUGAGGCGUUUUCUCAUCUCCAGGGAAACACUGUCUGUCAGAAUGCUGGACGAUGACCUCGAUCCCACAUCCUUACUCAAAGAGAUCCGUGAUGACAAAGUAGCUACGAUCAUCAUCGACGCUAAUGCUUCGGUGUCAUACCUAAUUCUGAAGAAGGCAUCUGAGUUGGGGAUGACAUCAGCAUUUUACAAGUACAUUCUCACCACCAUGGACUUUCCCUUGCUGUGGUUGGAUGAUGUGGUUGAUGAGCAGUCCAACAUCGUGGGCUUCUCAAUGUUCAACACCACUCACCCAUUUUACCUGGAAUUCAUCCGGAGCCUCAACCUGUCCUGGAGAGAAGGAUGUGACCUUAACCCUUACCCAGGGCCAGCGCUAUCUUCUGCUUUGCUGUUCGAUGCCGUCCAUGUGGUUGCGAGUGCCGUACAAGAGCUAAACAGAAGUCAGGAAAUCGGAGUAAAACCCUUAAGCUGUUCCUCCCCACAGAUCUGGCAACAUGGGACCAGCCUCAUGAACUACCUGCGCAUGGUGGAGUAUGAUGGUUUAACAGGCCGUGUUGAGUUCAACAGCAAAGGCCAGAGAACGAACUACAGCCUGCAUAUUCUGGAAAAGCAUAAAUCAGGCCAUAAACAGAUCGGUAUUUGGUAUUCAAAUAACACCCUGGUCAUGAACUCCACCAGUCUGGACAUCAAUGUCUCUGAAACUUUGACCAAUAAAACCCUCAUCGUCACCACUAUCCUGGAAAACCCGUAUGUCAUGAGGAAAGCAAAUUAUCUGGACCUGGAGGGAAAUGAGCAGUAUGAAGGCUUCUGUGUGGACAUGCUAAAGGAAUUGGCAGACAUUCUCAAGUUCACCUAUCGAAUCAAACUGGUAGAUGAUGGACUAUACGGAGCUCCGGAACCCAACGGCUCGUGGACUGGCAUGGUGGGGGAGCUUAUCAACAGAAAGGCGGAUUUAGCUGUAGCUGCUUUCACCAUCACCUCUGAGAGAGAGAAAAUCAUCGAUUUCUCUAAACCUUUCAUGACCCUGGGAAUCAGUAUUCUUUACCGAGUUCAUAUAGGUCGGAAACCAGGCUAUUUCUCCUUCCUAGAUCCUUUCUCUCCGGCGGUUUGGCUUUUCAUGCUGUUGGCCUAUCUGGCUGUUAGCUGUGUUCUAUUCCUUGCUGCUAGGUUAAGCCCCUAUGAGUGGUAUAACCCUCAUCCGUGCUUGCGGGAACGCCGGGACCUGCUGGAGAACCAGUAUACACUAGGGAACAGUCUGUGGUUUCCAGUUGGAGGCUUCAUGCAGCAGGGCUCAGAAAUAAUGCCUAAAGCUCUGUCUACACGCUGUGUUAGCGGAGUCUGGUGGGCCUUCACGCUGAUCAUCAUCUCGUCGUAUACAGCCAAUCUGGCUGCUUUUCUGACAGUGCAGAGGAUGGAGGUCCCCAUCGAGUCACCCGAUGACCUGGCAGACCAAACCAACAUUCAGUAUGGCACGAUACAUGGCGGGAGUACCAUGACCUUCUUCAUGAACUCGCGUUACCAGACGUACCAGCGCAUGUGGAACUACAUGUACUCCAAGCAGCCCAGUGUGUUUGUGAAGAGCACGGAGGAAGGCAUUGCCCGUGUACUGAACUCCAAAUACGCCUUUCUUCUGGAGAGCACCAUGAACGAGUACCACCGCAGUCUCAACUGCAAUCUAACACAGAUCGGGGGCCUGCUAGACACCAAGGGCUAUGGAAUUGGCAUGCCUCUUGGCUCUCCCUUUCGUGAUGAAAUCAGUCUGGCGGUUCUGCAGCUGCAGGAGAAUAACAGGCUGGAAAUUUUGAAGCGAAGAUGGUGGGAGGGAGGCCAAUGCCCCAAAGAGGAGGACCACAGAGCUAAAGGUCUGGGAAUGGAAAAUAUUGGUGGGAUCUUUGUGGUAUUGAUCUGUGGAUUAAUCAUUGCCGUGUUUGUGGCAGUGAUGGAGUUUGUGUGGUCCACACGGCGCACUGCUGAAACAGAUGAGGUGUCUGUAUGUCAGGAGAUGCUGAGUGAGUUUCGGAAUGCCGUGUCGUGUAAGAAGAGCUCUCGUCUGCGUCGGCGUCGGCCUCUCUCAAGCUCUUUAGCCCUGCGCCACCCGUCCCGCCUCGGCCUGGGGACCUCGCGUCCACUGCGCCUGGUCAGAGAGAUGCGCCUCAGCAAUGGAAAGCUCUACAGCGGUGCAGGGCCUUUAACAGGCGGCUCUGGAGGUGCAGGAGGCCCCUCAGAGCUUGGUCCUGGACCACAACGUCUUUUAGAGGAGCCUCUGGGUGCCAAGAGCACACCAGCAGGGCCUUUGGGUCCCCCUGCAGUGACAGUGCCUCUGCCACGAGGCUGCACUCAUGUACGGAUUUGCCAGGAGUGCCGGCGCAUACAGAGCCUACGCACAACCUCAUGCUCACGCAUCCCUCCAUCCUCGGCACCUCUGCCUCGCCUAGCUCCACCCCCUCCACGCUCCUCCUCCAACACAGACAGCGAGGGAGGGGGUGGGCCUAGCCCACGCCGAAGAGGCCAUUCCCCUCCUCCGAGAGCCUGUGCACUCCCGCCCCCUCAGAGCACCCCAAAUACAGACCUAUUGGUAGGCCAGGACUGAGAGAACAGGAAGGAGAGAGACAGAGACAGAUGGAGGAAAUCAGGAACGGACAGAUUUGGGACAUACUGUUCUGUGAGGACAGAUCAACAUGUUGAUCAGAAUGACAAAAUAUAGAAGAGGGACUUGAAUGUUUUCACUGGAGUCUGGUCCUCCCACUUCCUCCUCUGUGUUUUGUCAUGUCUGGAAUUGCUAUUUUAGAUUGUGUGAAAAUCACUAUAGAUGUAUCACCUAAAGAGAAACAAAAAAGGUGGUUUCUUUUCAUAAUGCAGUGACAUUGGAAGCCGAGGAUGGAUGAGUAACGCAGAGAUAUUUCAUCUCCCCCUGAACUGCAGCUCCCUUGCACAAAGACUCCCUCGUACUGAACUUUCUGGCUUCUCCUAAAUGAGAGCACACACACCAUCAAAAGAGGAUGUUUAAUCUAUGUUAAAUGUACUACAAUCUGAAAAAAAAAGAAAGGGACACUCCAAAUAGACUGAUCAUUCUCAUGGUUUUUUUUUUUCCUUUACUAGGUUUAUUAUUAUAAUUAUUAUUAUUAUUAAUGUUGUUAUUUUUAUUCACUGUCUACCUUGUUUAACUCACCAGGCUUACUUUUGUUAGGUUAAAAAAGAAAAGUGAAGAACUACAGGCAUUUUAUACAUUAAUGGAAUGUUGUUAAAACAGAUUAGUUGCGUGUGAAGGCCAGAAUACACUCAGGAGAUGCUGAUGAGCUAUUCCUUUGGUAUUAUUUCAACAGCAUAGUGAAGAUUAUGCACAAGGGUCAACAUGUUAGUGAAGGAUACAAAGAUAAACGCUGAUACUGUUUAUCAGUGCAGUACAGCCAGCAGAUUUUUUUUAAGGUGGUGGUAGAAGAGCUUGAGUAUUCAGUUAUUUAAAUUUUUGUUUUGUCUGUUUUAUACUUGAAGUGAUAAUUAACAUGGUUUCACCCAAAAACACUAUUGUACCUACACCUCAACCGGAGUGACUUUUUUUUUUUUUUUUUUUUGUUUUGGAGUAUUUGUGAGGAAUCAUGGUUGCAGGUCAAGCUGAUUUUGCCAAAAUGUGUAAUACAAUGCAAGUUAAGAGUACAGGUACAUUUGUUUCUCAAUUUUGUAACCUCUGCCUCUUCCUUUUUUGACCUUAUGUGACACCAUCAUUUUGCUCUCUCUUUUUCCCUAUUCUUAAUUAAGAGUAAUUUACAUGCUCUUGCUAUAAGCUGACCCUGUUAACCUUGUAAGCGAAGCAAGCAAACGAGAGCGGAAAUAGUUCUUAACCAAGAAAUGUUCAUGCCAGAAAUCCUUAGUAGCAUCAAGACCUUUUUUCAAACACAAUGUUAGAGCAACAGAUUAAUUAAUCUUUUAAUUACUGCUUUAUAGGACAUAAUAUUGGGAGGGAUUAAAUCUCACAUUACUCAUACAUACAGUCUUACCAGAACACAUGCAAAAUCAGAGAGCAUGUAAGCUUAGUGUAUUCAGGCCUUAGAGAUAAAAUGACCAGCUACCAUAUAGGUAAAUAUACAGCAACUGACGGUAGACCACAGUUUGUCAGGUUCUCUCUGCCUGUCUGUCAAUGAAAAGGUGCAACCACAGGAUCACUGGAUUGCUAUGACACUGAACCGAUCUGGCUAGUUAGUCAGUUAGAGUAUUGCGAUGGUAUGAAGUUGUACAAAAGGUAAUUUUAUACCUAUUGAGUUACCUGGUGGAUCUACUGGAUCAAAUGUGUGUAGGUAUAAGUGGACAAACUAGUGACUGGAUGUAAAGGACCAGUCUUGUAUAAGCAGCACACGUAAUAGUCUUAGCUGGUCAGCAGGUUAUCAUAUCCCUUACUGACAAAUGGUGGCAUUCCAAACAACAAAAAACUAGACAAAAUCUCUACAAAUAAGAUUAUAUUUUUUCCCUUUUAUUACAACAUAAAAAAAAGAACAUGUGUAAAGAGAUAAUGGCAGAUUACAGAUCGUACAGAAACCAUACAUUCCUGAAGAGAUCUGAAGGGAAUCGAACCAUUCUAUAUUUUAAAUUUCUCUGCUCUAUGUUCUUUUUCAAAUUUCUACUACUGUGCAAUGGUUUAUCAAAAUGAUGGUCAUGAAUAAUAAUAUGAUUAUAUUGUUGUAAUUAUAAGUACUUCUACUGAAGUGAAGAAGUCAUUUGGGUUGUAUAUGAGGGGGUCAAAGUUUAAGUGUAGGGAUGAGGGUCUGCUACUGAGCGACCACCUGUUAUUAAAGCUAUAGACAAACAGAUUUCUAUGGAAUAAAGAAUACAACAAUCAGUCUUUAAUUAUAUUGGGUUUUGUGUGUGUUUGGAAAAGAAAAUCUGACAAUUUGAGUCUGAAUUUACAUAAAGAUAUCUAUAGGCAAAUAUCUCCUAUUAAAAAAAGAUUUGUUUUUCUCA